AUGGUUACACACGUUAAACAUGAACCUGGAAUGGAGAACCCUAGCGAGUCUAUCCACUCUCAGACUCCUGAGCAAUUCCAGCUUUCUCAGUUUCAGAAUCAAUAUCAGAACAAUGCAGAUGACCGUCAUGCAGGUUCUCAGAUUCUCCCUGUCACAAGUCAGAGUGAUAUGUGCACAUCAGUUCCUCAAAAUAGCCAACAAACCCAGCAGAUGUUGCACCCGCAGAAUAUGGGCUCAGACUCGAUUAACAGUUUUAGCAACCUCUCUGUUGGAGUGAGAUCAGAAUCUGGUCUGCGUGGUCAGUGGCAAACUCAGUCUCAGGAACAUGCUCAAAUGUCUAAUAGUAUGUCAAACGAACGGCACAUUCAGGAGGAUUUCCGUCAAAGAAUGUCAGGAACGGAUGAAGCUCAACCCAAUAAUAUGUCUGGAGGGUCUAUUAUAGGUCAAAAUCAUGUCACCACUACAUCAGAAUCCCCUAAUCCCCAAAAUCCUAUCGGCACCACUUGUAGGUAUGGAAACGGAAACCAAGAUCCAAGAUUCAGAAAUCAGCAGAAAUGGCUCCUGUUUCUACGCCAUGCUCGUCACUGCAAAGCGCCUGAAGGGAAGUGUCCCGACCGGAAUUGUGUUACUGUUCAGAAGCUCUGGAAACACAUGGACAGUUGUACUGUACCUCAGUGUUCAUUUCCUCGUUGCCGCCCCACAAAGACAUUGAUUACUCAUCAUCGAAAUUGUAAGGAAUCUAACUGCCCUGUCUGUAUUCCUGUGAAGGCCUACUUACAGAACCAGGCAAAUAUACGGUCCCUAGCCCGUCUAAAAAAUGAAAGCAGUGCAACGAGGUCAGUGAAUGGAGCAGGAAUAUCAAAUGAUGCAGUACAGACCUCGGCUGGAGCAAUAUCUUGUGCUUCGCCUGGUGCUGAUAUUUCAGAUCAUUUGCAACCUUCAUUAAAACGGUUGAAGGUGGAGCAGUCUUCUCAACCUGUGGACGUGGAGACAGAAAGUUGUAAAAGCUCAGUUGUUUCCAUAACAGAAGCACAAUCAUCUCAGUACGCUGAAAGAAAAGAUUUUAAGCAUAGUGAUGUACGCGCACCUUCGAAGUAUUUUGAAGUGAAGGCUGAGGUUUCUGAAGUUUCUGUCCAGGCACAACCAGGUUUCAAAGAGACAAAAAUUGGAAUUGUCGAAAAUAUUCCCAAGCAAAGGCCUAUCAGUGAACCUGUUAAACAAGAUUUUUCGGAUGCCUCACCUCGGCAAGAGAAUACCAAAAUGGAGAAAGAAACUGAGCCACUCAAGAAAGAAAAUCUGGCAGAGUCUUCUGAAACUACAUCAAAAUCUGGAAAGCCAGAGAUAAAGGGUGUUUCAUUAACUGAAUUGUUCACUCCUGAACAAGUGAGAGAACACAUCCGUGGUCUCCGUCAGUGGGUUGGCCAGAGUAAAGCCAAAGCAGAAAAAAAUCAGGCAAUGGAGCAUUCAAUGAGUGAGAAUUCCUGCCAACUAUGUGCAGUGGAGAAGCUUACCUUUGAGCCACCACCUAUAUAUUGUACCCCUUGUGGUGCCCGCAUCAAGAGAAAUGCUAUGUAUUACACCGUGGGAGCUGGUGACACUCGUCAUUAUUUUUGUAUUCCAUGUUAUAAUGAAUCCCGUGGGGAUUCUAUACUCGCUGAAGGGACAUCUAUACCUAAGGCAAGACUUGAGAAAAAGAAAAAUGAUGAAGAGACUGAAGAAUGGUGGGUCCAAUGUGAUAAAUGUGAGGCCUGGCAGCAUCAAAUAUGUGCUUUAUUUAAUGGGCGAAGGAAUGACGGAGGGCAAGCUGAGUAUACCUGCCCGUAUUGCUUUAUAGCAGAAGUGGAGCAAAGUAAGAGGAUGCCCUUACCUCAGAGUGCUGUUCUUGGAGCUAAAGACCUACCGAGGACAAUUCUUAGUGACCAUAUAGAGCAGCGGUUGUUUAAGAGGCUGAAGCAGGAAAGAACAGAGAGAGCCAGGGUUCAAGGGAAAAGUUUUGAUGAGAUUCCUACAGCUGAGUCCCUUGUGAUUAGAGUUGUUUCAUCUGUUGACAAGAAGCUGGAAGUCAAACCUAGAUUUCUUGAUAUAUUUCGGGAGGAUAAUUACCCGACAGAAUUUGCAUACAAGUCCAAGGUAGUUCUGUUGUUCCAAAAGAUUGAAGGUGUAGAAGUAUGCUUAUUUGGGAUGUACGUUCAAGAAUUCGGUUCUGAAUGUGCGUUUCCUAAUCAACGCCGGGUUUAUCUCUCGUAUUUGGACUCUGUUAAGUACUUCAGACCUGAGGUUAGAUCGUAUAACGGGGAGGCUCUGCGCACUUUCGUUUACCAUGAAAUUUUGAUUGGUUACCUUGAAUACUGCAAGUUGCGUGGUUUCACGAGCUGCUACAUAUGGGCUUGUCCACCACUGAAGGGCGAGGACUAUAUCUUAUAUUGUCAUCCGGAGAUUCAGAAGACGCCAAAAUCUGAUAAAUUACGAGAGUGGUACUUAGCAAUGUUGAAAAAAGCUUCAAAGGAGGGCAUUGUUGCAGAAACUAUAAAUCUCUAUGACCAUUUUUUUAUGCAAACUGGUGAAUGUAGAGCUAAAGUCACAGCAGCGAGGCUCCCGUAUUUUGAUGGUGACUACUGGCCAGGUGCAGCGGAGGAUCUUAUAUACCAAAUGAGUCAAGAAGAAGAUGGCAGAAAGGGCAAUAAGAAAGGAAUGCUUAAGAAAACAAUUACAAAAAGGGCUCUAAAAGCUUCUGGGCAGACUGAUCUAUCUGGGAAUGCAUCCAAGGAUCUGCUGCUAAUGCAUAAACUUGGUGAGACCAUUCACCCAAUGAAGGAAGACUUCAUCAUGGUCCACUUGCAGCCUUCUUGCACGCAUUGCUGUAUGCUGAUGGUAUCUGGAAAUCGUUGGGUCUGUAGCCAGUGCAAACACUUCCAGAUUUGUGAUAAGUGUUACGAGGCUGAACAGAGGCGUGAAGACAGGGAGAGGCAUCCUGUUAAUUUUAAGGAUAAACAUGCGCUGUAUCCUGUUGAGAUUACGGAUAUUCCCGCAGAUACGAGGGACAAAGAUGAGAUACUAGAAAGCGAGUUUUUCGACACUAGGCAAGCGUUUCUGAGUCUUUGUCAAGGGAACCAUUACCAGUAUGACACGUUGAGGCGGGCAAAACAUUCGUCGAUGAUGGUCCUUUAUCAUCUGCAUAACCCAACUGCUCCUGCCUUUGUCACAACCUGCAAUGCAUGUCACCUUGACAUUGAAACCGGUCAAGGCUGGCGCUGUGAAGUAUGUCCAGACUACGAUGUGUGCAAUUCCUGUUACUGUAGAGAAGGUGGAGUUAAUCAUCCUCACAAGUUGACUAAUCAUCCAUCUCUAGCUGAUCAAAAUGCUCAGAACAAAGAAGCAAGGCAAUUGCGAGUUUUGCAGCUUAGGAAAAUGCUCGAUCUUCUGGUACAUGCUUCACAAUGUCGAUCCGCAAAUUGUCAAUAUCCGAAUUGCCGGAAAGUGAAAGGGCUAUUCCGACAUGGCAUACAAUGCAAAGUUCGCGCUUCAGGAGGUUGUGUUCUAUGCAAGAAAAUGUGGUAUCUCUUGCAACUCCACGCUCGGGCCUGCAAGGAAUCUGAGUGCCACGUACCUCGUUGCAGGGACCUCAAGGACCAUCUGAGAAGAUUACAGCAGCAAUCAGAUUCACGACGUAGAGCAGCAGUAAUGGAAAUGAUGAGACAAAGAGCUGCAGAAGUCGCUGGGAGCUCAAGUUAA